CAGUACUCUCAUAUUCCGUUAAGAUGUGCCUGAAGAUAUCCUUGCUCCUACUUGGCCUUGGCAUGACAACGGCCUACAGGGUACAACACUCAUUGAAGUCAGUAGCAAAGAUUGAGAAGCUGCAUAGUGAAAGCAAGGCAUUGGCCGAAGGACGUGAGGAUGUGUCAACGCGAUGCUUCGCACAAUAUAAUCCCCAAUUCGGUCUAAUUGUGGAUCGUUAUGAAAUCGAUUAUGAUGCUUGCAUCAACGCCUACAAAGCAUCCAGUUCAAAGAUUGAGGAGUCUUUCAGGGAUACUCGCCAGCUAAUAGAGAACAGUGCCUAUAGCUCAUGUCAAUCGUUGAAGAGCUGCAACCAGUCAUCGACUGCUUACAGUGCCUUUGAGUGUGCUGCUGAAUGGGCUUUGGAAGACUCUAAAGUCUUCUAUGAGAUUUCCGCUAAUGCAACAGUGGCUGCUGCUAAAAUCAAGGCCGAUUUGCUUCAAGUGGACACUGCAAAGAGCAUGUGCCUCAACGAGGCUGAAAGGAAUUACGUCGAAAACACGAGCGAAGUUUAUGGCUUACUGAAUGACUGUCUGUCUGGUAAACAAACUACUACGCCAUCCAUCCCAUGGCCAACUACUACUACUAGAGCACCCAUCAUUUGGGCCUCAACUACUGCUGCAUACUAAAUUCAAUCAAUAAAUAUAUUAUUUGCACAUA